CACGGUGAUCGCACACGGUCGCCCCCGCCUCCAUCGACCGCAUCCCGCCCCCACCGCACCGCAUCGCACCCUCGCCGCCACCAUGGACUACGCCGCUCACGCCGCGGCGACGGCGCAGCCGGCCGCCGAUCCCGGCGCGACCUACCCUCCUGGCUACCCCUACGCCUACGCCUACCCGGCGUACCACUACACCGAUCCCGCCGCCGUCGCCCCCUCCGCCCCCGGCUCCGCCGCCUCGUCCUCCUCCUACUACUCCAACCCCGCCGCCCAGGCUAUCACGGGGCCGCAGUACAACCCUGCCGCCCAGGCUAGCACGGGGGCGCAGUACAACCCUGCCGCCCAGGCUAGCACGGGGGCGCAGUACAACCCGUACACCGGCCAGUACCACUACUUCGGCGCCCCGGCGACGGACGGGGGAAGCGGCCUCGCGGACUACUACUUCACCGCCGGCGAGGCCUCUCAGGCCCCGGCCGCCUCGGGGGCUCAGACGGCCGCGGCGGCUGGAAGAGAGGCGGUGAAGCAGUUCGGGUUCGAUCCCCAACGCUACGCCCAGGUAGCAGCUGCAAAAGCUCCAAACGGAGUGGGACCAACAGCUGCUGCCACGGUCAUGCAUCAUGCUCAGUGGAAUGCGCAUUUCGGACAUCCUCUGCCGACAAACGUUCGGAGGAGUUUCAGGAAGAAAACUCCGAAGUUUGUGCAGCCAUUAACCUGUGAAGUCUGCAAGAUCCAGUGCGACACCAUGGAUGUUCUCUUGAUCCAUAAAACUGGUCAGAAGCACAAGAAGAAUCUGCAGAAGUUACAAGACGCGAUCACACCUCAACCAGCAAAGCCUCCGAACAGCGGUGUUGCAGCAAGCACAGCACCUCCUACAGCACCUCCUGCUGCUGCCGCCACUGCUGCUGACACUGUGGUGCCGGCUGUACAGCCAAAGAAGAACAAGAGCUCCAACGCGUCCCCAGCAGACUUGGAGGUGAAGAAGAGGCGGGUGAUCGAGGCCGGAGCGGCUCAUGGCGAAAUGAAGAUCUGCACAGCAUGCAACGUCGUUGUCAACAGCCAGAAGGUCUACGAGUUCCACCUGGCCGGGCAUAAGCACAAGGCUAAUGUACUGAAGCUGGAGAAGAAGCAGCUGCAGCAGCAGCAGCAGCAAGUGCAGCUUCAGCAGCAGCAGCAGCAGCAGCAGCAGCAGCAAGUGCAGCUUCAGCAGCAGCAGCAGCAGCAGCAGCAGCAAGUGCAGCUUCAGCAUGUUGCCUGAGAUGAUGAGGAGUUGCUCGGCUCUCGUCGUUCUCCCCGUCUUUAUUUCCUGUCCUUCCAGAGGAUCAACAGAAACCAGCAUUCACAAACCCAUGUCUUAUUCCGUUGUUUGGUAGGCUAGCUUUAGUCUUUGUUGCAGUUCUAGUGUUCCCCCCUUGUUGUGCUGUAGAAACGCCGGGAAAUUGCUUCAGACUUUUACUUGCUGCGGAUUAGCAGCGCAUACUGGUGGCGAAGGUUGUUAUGUAUUUUGUGUCUGUUGAUGAAUGUUGUGGUGAUCUUGCUGUUUGA